AGGGUAUAUAUUUGAGAUUUGGGACUGUUCGAAGACUCGAGCAAGAGAUGGGUUGUUUGGGAAUCAAUCUCAUCAAAUUCAGGCUCCAGCAGGGAAGAAAACUCAUGAGGAGGUGUGGGCUGCAGCAAAAGCAAGUGAAGAUAGAAGCUAGCAACACUACCUUGGAUUGCUGGGUUCCUUCAGCAGCAAAAGAGGGGAGGCCUGCACUACUCUUGCUCCAUGGCUUUGUUUUCAACGCACUCCUCGAGUGGGAAAACCAGCUGCUGGCUUUCACGGAGAAGUUCAACGUCUACGUCCCGAACUUACUCUUCUUUGGGGAAUCUACGACCGAGUCGGGCGAAAGAAGCGAGAUUUUCCAAGCCCAGUGUAUGAAGCUGAUGCUGGACGAGCUCCAAGUUCUGGACAGGGUUCACGCUCUCGGGACGAGCUACGGAGGAAUGGUGGCGUUCUGGAUGGCGCAUCUGUACCCAGAGAGGAUCGCUAGAGUGGUGCUGGCGAGCUCCGGGGUUGCGAUGGAUCACUCUGACUCGCAGCGAAUGUUGGAGAGAUUUGGAGGUGGCGUCGCUCAUCCGGCGGAUGUCUUGAUGCCGAGAAGCGUUCAAGUUGCUCGCAAGACUAUGGAGUUUGCAACUCAGAAGAAGCUGGCUCUUGUUCCAGACUGCCUGGUCGAAGAUAUCAUAGAAGAGGUUCUCUGCUACAAUCGGGAGCACCGGCUUGAGCUGCUGGAUGGCAUGGCGAUUGGAUCGGUCGAAAACCCACCAGUGGUUCCUCAACUCGUUCAGGACGUGCUCAUUCUGUGGGGGGAGAAUGAUCAAAUCUUUACUGUGGACCUUGCUCACCGUUUGCAGAGCAGGCAUCUGAGUGAUUCCAAACUGGAGAUCAUCCCUGGAGCAGCGCAUGCUCCUCAAGUUGACAAUCCUAAAGCUUUCAAUGGUUUAGUUGUGAAAUUCUUGUCCGGGAAUUGAAGGAGAAAAUUUUAUAAAUCAAAACGACCUGACAAACCACCCUCGUUACGAGAUGCGGUCAGCAUAGGACAGUUCAGGUUGAACAACUUGUUGAAAUCCGGCUGCAAUGGACCCCGCAGCACCUGCUGGUAUGUGAAAAUGCACCUAAAUGCCGAGCAAUGUCUGGAGAGUCCAGAGAUCAGGCUUGCAUGUUAAACUGCACAGUGAGCAGUCCCUGUGAUCAGAUAGCUUUUCGAAGCCCUGCGAUUGUACACAGACAAAGUUUUAGAAAUAAAAAACGAAAGCAGAGAAAACGGGAGAGCUGGGUCAGGGGCUCUGAUGAGAAAUAUUUUCCUUAUAUAAAAAGAAAUUAAAAUAUAAA